UGUUAGUAUAUUUUUUGUAAUAUUUAUUAUUUAAACAUUUUUAAAUUGCAAUAUUUGAAUUUGAUUUAACAAAACUUCAAUAAUGAAUUCUUUGGUCAAAAUGGCAUUUGGAAGUUUUCGUUUUUCGUCUGCAUCCAAUUUGUUGAAAAUUCAUAAACAAACAUUGCAGUAUUCAAAAAGUAUUACAUCUCAGCAAGUAUUUGAACGUGAGUGGAAAUAUGGGGCACACAAUUAUGAACCUUUAAAAGCAGCCCUUUGUAAAGGUGAAGGAAUUUAUUUGUGGGAUGUUGAAGGAAAAAGAUAUUACGACUUUUUAAGUGGAUAUUCGGCUGUUAAUCAAGGCCAUUGUCAUCCAAGGAUUUACAAAGCAAUGAUUGAACAAGCAAAAAAACUAACUCUCACUUCUAGAGCUUUUUACUCAGACGUUUUAGGUGAAUUCGAGGAAUACAUUACCAAAUUGUUCGGAUAUGAUAAAUGGUUGCCAAUGAAUACCGGAGUUGAAGGAGGAGAAACUGCAUGUAAAUUAGCACGACGAUGGGGAUACACAGUUAAAAAGAUACCGCAAUAUCAAGCAAAAAUUAUUUUCGCGGAAGGUAAUUUUUGGGGUAGAACAAUGAGCGCAUUAUCUUCGAGUACUGACCCAUCUAGUUAUAGUGGGUUUGGUCCAUUCAUGCCGGGUUUUGAAUUAGUACCUUACGAUAAUUUGGUUGCUCUUGAACAAGCAUUUGCUGAUCCUACCGUUUGUGCAUUUAUGGUUGAACCUAUUCAAGGUGAAGCAGGAGUUGUAGUACCAAAGGACGGUUAUCUGAAAGGUGUUAGAAAACUUUGUGAUAAAUACAACGUUUUAUGGAUAGCAGAUGAAGUUCAAACAGGCUUAGGAAGAACAGGAAAACGAUUGGCUGUCGAUUACGAGAACGUAAAACCUGAUCUAGUGAUACUUGGAAAAGCAUUAUCGGGUGGAUUCUUUCCUGUAUCGGGUGUCUUAGCAAACGAUCCUGUAAUGUUGACUAUAAAACCUGGGGAACAUGGUUCAACUUUCGGUGGUAAUCCUUUGGGUUGUAGAAUAGCAUUGGAAGCUUUGAAAGUACUCGAGGAAGAAAAAUUAGCAGAAAAUUCUGAAAAACUUGGUGAAAUAUUUAGAUAUGAACUUAGAAAACUUCCUAAAGAUCUUGUCCCGGUGGUCAGAGGCAGAGGAUUGUUUAAUGCAAUUGUAAUUAAUGAAAAAAUCAAUGCUAUGGAUAUUUGUAAAAAAUUAAAGGAUGAGGGUAUUUUAGCUAAACCAACACACGGUCAUAUCAUUAGACUGGCACCACCUUUGGUUAUCACUGAACCACAGAUAAGAGAAUGUUUAGAUAUUAUGUCACGAACGAUACUCAAAUUUCAACAAUAAUUUAUCUUCUUUUUUAUUAUUUUUAUUUUUUAAUAAUAAGUCACACUUUUAUUUUGAAAUUAUUUAUAUAAACGAUCAUACCACACAUAUGUAAUUUGUAAUAUGGUUGAACAAAGUGAACUAUUUCGUUUA